UCAAUUGUAUUCACAGAAAAGUGUUGUUGGAUCUCAGGUGCCUACGCUACACCAAUUCCGCUUCUUACUGUCCUUAAAAGCCCGGCGUUAUUCGGAUGUCCUUUUCCUGUUGGAUGUUUCUCGUUUCCUUGGACGCAUGCGGAUACUGUCGCCGCACCACGCUGGGGCCCUUAUUCGCACCUGUCACCUAUCUCUCACAGCCCGAUCUGCACCGCCUAAACACCCCAGCGCGCUAUCUUUUGGUAAAGAUGAUACCACGGGCGGCUCCAUGGACAUUUCUCAUACAAUUAUCUACCCCUGGGCGGCAUAGCGAGCUAGUGACACAGCAAGCGCUUGUGUUACCCUCUUCCGCCAUACCCCUCCAUCCAAUGUAUCUCUUAUCCAAUGUACUGUAGGUUUUCCUUCGUCUUAUUCGCUGUCUAGCAUGUUUGCUCUAAUUAGCAUCAUGACACAGAGCAAGUAGUAUCUACGUAGGUAGUAUA